AUGGGAGGCAACCGUAAAGAGCGGCGCGCAGCCGGCAAAGGUACAAAUCGCAACGCCACGACCACAGGGUCCGCCUUCCAGCCGUCGAACGAGAUCGAUGAAGAUGGCAUCAACAUGAUCCUCCAGCACCCCGACCGCUCCGGCCCCAAGGGAAAGACGCUAUUCGAGCUCGCCGAGGAACGCCAACGUGAGCUAGACAUAGCGAAUGGAAAGAAGCCGCGGUGGAACAUUGAUAAGGACAACACGCCUGCGGGCGAGCGCCCGUUCAACGACGAAGAACCUCUGGGUCCCUUGGCAGAAGGGGUUCUAUACUCGCUCAGCAUGGCCGUCAUGCACCUCACGGUCGACAUUCUCGUGUACAGCCAGUAUCGCGAAGACGUCAUCUGGAGUGAGAUUUUCAAGCGUGCAGGAACUGCCUUACCAAUCUUCUUCCUCCUCGUCUACCUGACCCACGUCGAGUUCUCCAACCGCUUCCCGCUUUUACGCAAUCUCGCCUUCUUCGUCGGAGCGAUAGCUGCAGGGUGCUAUCUCGUACGCUCGGGGAACAAGCAUGGAUACUUCUUCGUCAUGAAGACGGCACCUCCGAUUGCUACACUGUGGGUGUGGAGCACCAUCGAGAUGGACAUCAUAUACUCUGCUCUCAGCGCUGCGGUUGUGCUGGGUUACUCUUGGUGGAAUGGCUUCAGUUUCUUCUAA